CAAAAGUGCUCCAACGCUCACAAAUCGACAGCCUGUUGCAUCCAACCCGAACAUCUUUCUUUUCAAAUACCAAAGCUGCUUCGGAUCGAUGCUGUGUUAGUUCGUUGGAGGGAGGGGAUAGAGAGGCUGAAGACGACGUUGUUUUAGUUUAGUUACCUACAUAGAGACAACCAUUGUCGCAUUGAAACGAUCAAACGAAGAAGAAGAAGAAGAAAGCAACCAUGAUGAAUCCUUCCACGUUGGUGCCGCCAACUCCUCCCUCUUCCAAGACAGCCUCCCACGACGGCAAGAAUACCAGUAGUCCCAGAACUACGUCUCCACGUAGUCGCAUUUUAUGGAUAAUCCUUCGCACUCUCUUGAUGGAUCUUCCUCUGCUACUCCUCUUUACGGCGUACACUUCCUUGUAUGUCUUGGAGCAAGUCCAUCAUGAUUAUCUGGAGCCGUUGCGAAAAGCCAUGAAAUGGACCGAAAUCCGUUCCGAUACCGAAGUCACAUCUUACCACUACUACUGUACCGAAGAUGACAUUACCGCCAAUUCCGUGGAAGAACUGGUGGCAGAACCCGACUGGACUACGGACGAAAUGGUGGAACACAUGCAAGUUCAUGGGGUCACUAUUCUUCCCGAUAUCUUGACCAAUACCACCGCCGAUAUCCUACGAGCUUUUAUCGUGGAAGAAAACAAACGACAAGAAGGAUUCUGGGUUAUUAACGGCAAAAAUCGGCACAGCUUUGGAAUUCAAGUCGAUCAAGACGAGAGUAUUCCAGCUGCGCUCAAGGAAAUUGCUACCCAUCCCGUUUUGAAACCCAUGCUGGAACAAGUGCUGGGCCGUAAUCCGGCCAUUAUCGAAUUCACCGCCAUUACGAGUACCAAAGGAGCUGGCAUGCAAAACUUUCAUCAAGAUGUUGUACCGGAAGGAUCGGCGGCCAAGUACGCACGGAGUUUUAUACCGUCCUAUUCCCUCUUUAUUCCCCUACAAGACACGACGAAACAAAUGGGGGCGACACAAAUUUGUCCGGGAACACAAAUGUGUGGGGAUGGAGCAUCGGCCGAAGAAAUCUGUGAGGACUAUGCCGUGUCGGCUGCAGGUGACGGUGUGUGGCCCAAGGGAUGGGGUGCCCUAGUCAAUCAACAAACGACGCAUCGUGGAACGGCCUAUACCGAUCCCAAUGGGAUGGACCGAGUGGUGUUUAUUUUGACGUUUGCUCCUCGUCCGCGGUACAACUUCAAUGCCGUGGAAUCGAGAAUGAUUGGGCAAGGUGGAUCCUACUCGAUCAAUUGGCAACAUUGGGGACACACGCUGGAUGAUUUUGGACAUGCUCCCACAAAAAUGGCACUUCCGUGGAGGACAUUGCGGUCGCUGGGGUUGUACAAGCCACGUGGCAGCGAUUGGGGAUGGGACAUGACCACGGUGGCAUUGAUGAGAAUGGCCAAUGGAGAUAAUGGUUACACGCGGGAUACAUUGGAAACCUUUGUACUGGAGCAGGGUGGAUUUGCAUGGCUCCCGACGUGGUUGCAAGGCACUGUCGACGAGGAAGAAGACGAGGACGACUGGCCUGUCGAUGGAGGCUGGCAUGACUUUUUGGUGACCACGGUCCAAAAGGUCAAGGAGUUCUUGGCCAUGUCACAUCAGCUGGCAUUGGGGCUGGCUAUGGUGGGCCUGCUGCUUGUGUCCGCGGUGGUGGCCCUUGUGCAGGACAAUGCGCACUCGGGUGCCGCUGUCUUGACACGGAACGUGGUUAGGCUACUGAUACUGCACGGAGUGGUCCUAGCAUUGGCAUUGCAAUAUGUGACGAGCCUCUCGCAAUCCAACUGGGCGCGGUUGGUGCGAUCAGGCAAGCUAUUCCAGCCUUUCUCGGACCCCGAGAUUCAUCUUGUGGCCCCAGCAACAGAGGAGGAUCCUGCACCGUACACGCUCCCAAAUCGAAACGAUGUAUUGGUGGCACCUCACUAUGAUGCUUGGUAUUUGGCAUCCUAUGCCAACAUUCUGGAGUACAGUCAACCCGGGAAUAUUAUCUGGAAGGAACUGAUUGACGACCACGCCACUGGCUUUGGUGGGCUUUCGCCCUCGCUUCAGAAUCACCUGUGCGAUUUCUUGGUGUUUGAUACCAUGCUUCAACGACACCAGGGACGCCUCUUGCAUCAAAUGGAAGCCGGACGGUGGACAGAUCUUUUGGACGAAGUUGCCAUUGCCUUUUGUCGACAGGAACUGCUAAGGGAACAACACCCUUUGACGUCUGCAUUGAUGCGAGAGCUCGACUUUUUGAAGGGCGAAACAAAAUUUGGAGUAUGGCGGCACACCACCAUGCAACAAUCCACUGUAACCAACUACUUGGGCUCUUGGACCAGUCGGAUCCUUCUCGCAGGGAGAAAUCCUCCAUCCGCUAAGGAGCCCGAUGAACGGCCUCGAGCAACAGUGUUUGUCCAACGUAUUGGAAAACGAUGCUUGUUUCCGGCCAGUACAGUGCCAGCGACCCCAGCAAAACAGUCGAAGAUUCCGUCGUCGCCUCCUACCCUGAACGAACCGUUUCGUGGCGCAUGGGUGACAACUGGCGACACGGUGGAAGGGAAAUACCAGGGUGAACACAACGAAUACUACAAAGGAGUUCUCAUGGACGCCAGUGCGGAUCGCGAUUCCUAUGAUGUGGUCUAUAACGACGGGGAAGAAGACCUUGGUUUGUGCCGUAGCUGUGUUCGACCAUUCAAGCCCUACCAGGUGAAUGAAACUGUUGACGUACGUGUGGAUGGAGACAGCUUCUUCAAGGCUAAAAUCGUGUCGGUAACUGCCGUCAAAGAAGAAGAACGAUAUCGGAUCCGCUUCCUUGACGAUGAUGAAGAUAAUGGGACGUAUGAGGUUUCGUCAAGAGACUUGCGUCGAUUCCUGUGAAGUGGACCUUAGCUCAGUAGACAAUCUAUAAAUCCUCUCAAUAUGGAUCCUUCUUGUGCCUAGCCAUCC